AGCGCCAGUUUACAAUGGUUCCGUUUGCAGACGGCAGUAUUCACGGGCUCGUUGUAAUUUGUUUAUAUUGAUCUAAACACCCGAAUGCUUAUUAAAUUAUGCUUAUUUAGGUGAUUUCUCAUUUGUAUUUAUCACCCCUGGCGUUUUAAGACCAUGCCGAUUGCUUGCUCAGCCCUCGGAUGCUCAAACCGGUUCGUAAAAGGCUCCGAAAUACGAUUUUACAGAUUCCCCAUCAGUAAGCCUCAGUUAGCAGAGCAGUGGGUUCGAAGCCUGGGUCGAAAAAACUUCGCCCUGACCACCAACUCGUGUCUGUGCUCUGAGCACUUCCUGCCCGACUGCUUUCGAGAUUACAACGGCAAACAGUUCCUGAGGGAAGAUGCUGUCCCUACAAUUUUCUCACACACUGCAGAUGGCCCAAAGAUCGAAUUACGGAAAACCCGUGGAGGAUUAGGGACGAAAGAGGAAUCUCGUUCCGGUUCAAUUUCUGAUGGAGGCAAACAGCAGUUCCCAAAGGAGAAAAGACAAACCCCAAGAGACUCUGGCCAAAAGGGAAGAACUGGAAAUGAGUCAUACAAGAGACGUGGUGGGGCAAAGGUCUCCUCCAGUGACAGGCAGGUCAUGACAGCGAAGAGCAAAGUGUACGAUAGCCGAGGUCUUCUGAUCUCUUGUGGCAGAGACCUGUGCGACUGCUUGGAUGUGGACUGCAUGGGCUGCUUCUACCCCUGUCCUGAAUGCGGCUCUCGCAAGUGUGGCGUGGAGUGCCGCUGCGACAGGAAGUGGCUGUAUGAGCAGGUGGAAGUGGAGGGGGGAGAGAUCAUCAGGAACAAGUUCGCAAGCUAACCGUCGAGAAGAGAAAAUGGAGAUGUGUGUUAAGGGGUUCAAUGCAGUUAAAUAUGCUCAGCGUACAUCUAGUCAGCAUAAAGUAGUGACUGGAAUAUAAAAGGGCUGAAAUUGCAAAAAAAACAUUGUUGGCUUUUGAAUCCGUAGUUUGGACAUUUGGAGAGAUUUCUGUGUGUAAGACAACAUUCUGAAAAUAUGAAAGAACUGUUAUAUUCUGUAGAUAUAAAUUUAACAAUGUGAUGCUAUUUUUUUUUCCAAUUUUAGUUCCAGGAAAGUGUUACAUUUUGUAUAAUUUCUAAAUAAAAUUUCUUUAAAAUGAUUCCUCAAAA